CAGGUCCAAGACAGUGGACACUGAGCCAUGUAGAAGGGGAAUUGCCCAAGCUUGCCUUUUCUGGUUAUUUCUCAGCUUUAGAGAGAAAGGGGGUGGGGGUGGGGACACGUUGGUCCCGAGAGGAAUGGAUGGAUUGGAACUCCGGACUGGGCCAAUAGCUGUUGUUCUUCCUGGGCUGAGAGGUGUUAGCCAUGGUCACUCCAGUUGGCACUGCCCACGGGGGCGGGGCAGAAAAAGUUCAACGGUUAUAAAGGCAGCGACAAGCCGUCCGGCUCAAAAGCCAUCACGAACCACCGCUGACAUGUCCCGGCCCCGGGCGACAGCAGCCCCUCCGGCCCUGCCCGGACCCGAAGCCCCGGGCUUCCGGCUGCGCCUCCUGCUGUUGCUGUUGCUGUUGCUGCUGUUCUGGCCAUCACCAGGGGAUGCCUUGGCUCUGCCAGAGCUGCGACGCUCUGAUCCAGGGUCCCAGUUCGACGCCCACCGCGACCACGAGCUGCGAAAUCGCGUCCAGGCUCUACUGAGCAGGCUGCAAGCCAACCAGAGCCGGGAGGAUUCGAACUCCGAACCCACUCCAGACCCUGCCAUCCGAAUACUCACUCCAGAGGUGCGGCUGGGGUCCCACGGUCACCUGCGGCUCCGCAUCCCGCGGGCGUCGCUGACGCAGGGUCUCCCCAAAGCCUAUCGCGUGCACCGAGCGCUGCUCCUGCUGUCCCCGUCGUCCAGGCCCUGGGACAUCACGCGGGUACUGCAGCGCGCGCUCAGUCUCCGGGGACCCAGCGGCCCCGCACUGCGCCUCCGCCUGUCGCCGCCUCAGGGCCUGGCCAUGGCGCCCACUAGCGGCGCGCGACUGGAACUGCAAUUUCGAGGGGCCGCCUCCAGGGGGCGCCGCAGUGCGCAUGCGCGCCAGAGAGACUCCUGCCCGCUGGGCCCCGGGCGCUGUUGUCACCUGCAGACCGUUCAGGCGACCCUCGAGGACCUGGGCUGGAGCGACUGGGUGCUGUCGCCGCGCCAGCUGCAACUGAGCAUGUGCGUGGGCGAGUGCCCGCAUCUGUACCGCUCAGCCAGCACGCAUGCGCAGAUCAAAGCCCGCCUGCACGGCCUGCAGCCCGACCGGGUGCCGGCCCCUUGCUGCGUCCCCUCAGCCUACACCCCAGUGGUUCUCCUGCACAAGACAGACAGCGGCCUGGCCCUGCAGACCUACGACGACCUCGUGGCCCAGGGCUGCCACUGCGCAUGAGCAGCAGGCCCUGACCCUCUCCUGCGUGCAUGGGGCGGCGCCCCCUUGUCGCCUAAGAACUCUAUAUGUGUAUUUAUUUGUUAUUAUUAUUUUAUUAUUUUUUAUUAUUAUAUUAUUUAUUUGGGUUGUGCUGGGUGGAUGGAUUGUGUAUUUAUUCGAACUCUGCUAAUAAACGUGCGACUGAUUUCUAUGGA